AUUUAGCCAAACAAUCUAGAACUAAUUGGGCUCAAAAGCUCUCUAGCUUUACUGUAGCUGCUGAGUGUAAACCGAGCACAAUUAUGUUUUUCUCUUCAGAAUCGUUAAAACAGGGUGGGGGUGAAUAAUAAAAAUAAUGUAAGUACUGAAGAAGAGCAAAGAAAAAUCUCAGCAGCUCAACACGUGUAAGAGAAGUUAUUGUGGGGGGAAAGAAGACCUAUACAGUACUGAAAAGGGGUGGACUGUGUCAAAUUAAGAUUUUCCAUGAAGCCUAGCUAAACAUGCAACCAGCAAUACAUUGAUAAGGCCUGUGCAGCUGUGGAGAUAUUCUUCUACGUGGUGAAAAUGACUCUAAUUUUUUGACAACGAUUAAAGGACAAUGGGGUCAAAUACACUUGGGAAGGCUGCAACAUUAGAUGAACUUUUAAACACUUGCAUUGAAAUGUUUGAUAAUAAAGGACAUUUGGGCACCAGUCAUUUGCCAAGAAUGGUUCUUUUAAUGCACCGGUGGUAUCUGCCUUCCACAGAACUGGCCGGCAAACUUCUCUCCAUCUAUAGAGAUGCCAGUGGGGAAAAAUCCAGUGAAUUCCGCUUAAAAAUCUGCUGUUUCAUAAGGUACUGGAUUUUGGAAUUUCCAGCAGAAUUUAACUUGGAUCUUGGUUUGAUUCGUCUGACUGAGGAGUUCCGGGAAGUAGCCAGCCAGCUUGGUUAUGAGGAACAUGUACACCUUAUUGACAUCUCCAGCAUCCCCUCCUAUGACUGGAUGAGAAGAGUCACACAGAGAAAAAAAACUUCCAAGAAGGGAAAAGCCUGCCUGCUGUUUGACCACCUGGAACCCGUUGAAUUAGCUGAACACCUCACUUUUCUGGAGCAUAAAUCUUUUAGAAGGAUUGCAUUUACAGAUUACCAAAGCUAUGUGAUUCAUGGCUGCUUGGAGAACAACCCCACCCUGGAGAGAUCAAUUGCAUUAUUUAACGGUAUCUCUAAGUGGGUCCAGCUGAUGGUUCUUAGCAAGCCAACGCCCCAGCAAAGGGCAGAUGUAAUCACAAAGUUUAUCAAUGUUGCACAGAAGCUGCUUCAUCUCCAGAACUUUAACACGCUGAUGGCAGUUGUGGGAGGCCUAAGCCACAGCUCUAUUUCUCGUCUCAAAGAAACUCACUCUCAUCUAUCUUCUGAGGUUACAAAGGACUGGAAUGAGAUGACAGAACUGGUCUCCUCCAAUGGAAACUACUGCAACUACCGCAAAGCUUUUGCUGACUCUGUUGGCUUCAAAAUCCCCAUAUUAGGAGUUCACUUGAAAGACUUGAUAGCCGUUCAUGUCAUCUUUCCAGACUGGAUAGAUGAGAACAAAGUAAACAUAGUGAAAAUGCAGCAGCUAUCCAUUACCUUGAAUGAACUGGUUUCCCUGCAGACUGCUACCCAUCAUCUAGAGCCAAAUAUGGAUUUAAUUAACCUGCUAACACUUUCCCUGGACCUUUACCACACAGAAGAUGAUAUUUACAAGCUCUCAUUGGUGCUAGAACCAAGGAAUUCUAAAUCACAACCUACCUCCCCAACGACCCCUAACAAGCCAGUAGUGCCACUGGAGUGGGCAUCUGGAGUGCUACCAAAGCCUGACCCAACCAUCAUUAACAAGCACAUAAGAAAGCUAGUGGAUUCUGUUUUUAGGAACUAUGAUCAUGACCAUGAUGGCUAUAUCUCUCAAGAAGACUUUGAAAGUAUAGCUGCCAACUUUCCUUUCCUGGACUCCUUUUGUGUAUUGGACAAAGACCAGGAUGGUCUUAUCAGCAAAGAAGAAAUGAUGGCCUACUUUCUGAGGGCUAAAUCGCAGCUACAGUGUAAAAUGGGACCAGGUUUUAUUCAUAACUUUCAUGAGAUGACCUAUCUUAAACCAACUUUCUGUGAGCACUGUGCAGGAUUUCUCUGGGGUAUAAUCAAACAAGGAUACAAAUGUAAAGAUUGUGGUGCCAACUGCCAUAAGCAGUGCAGAGACCUGCUUGUGCUGGCAUGCAGGAAGUUUGCCAGAGGUACCUCGAUGGGCAGUAAUCAUGGUUCUCUGCCUAACAGUCCGUCUCUGCCUCCAGUACAAGAUGAAGUAUUUGAAUUCCCCAGUGUUGCUACAGGGCAUCAGGACCUAGAUGGCAGAGCAAUCACCCUAGUGACCGGCUCUUCUCGAAAGAUUUCAGUCCGUCUCCAGCGAGCUACCACCAGCCAAGCAACACAGACGGAACCACUGUGGCAUGAACCUGGCUGGAGUGACUCAGGUUCCCAUACUUUCCCCAAAAUGAAGUCCAAGUUCCAUAGCAAAGCUGGAAAGAACAAAGGCUUUGCAAAAUGGGAGAAUGAAAAACCCAACGUACAGGGCCAUGUGGAUAUUGAGGUAGAGACCACAGAGCAUAUGUUGGAUGAGAAUGGAAUAGAAACACUUCAAGAAAGACAAGAACCUGAGGAUAGCUGAUCGCUUGCCCUGAAAGAUGGAGGACAAUUAAGAUGGCCAUUAGAACACAGCAAGAUGUGGAAUUCGGUAGACCACUCUUUGGCUAUGGGAAUGAAUUCCUGUACCUCAUGUUUAAACCUUAUGAAUCCAGCAGACCUUCCUGGUAUCUUAUUUAAUAGGAUGUUAGAGUCAAAAUGCACUAUUUAUUUUCUCACAAGUAAGUCAUCUGGUGAACAUUGCUUAGACAGAGCACAACAGUGUGUUAUGUGACUCAGUCUUCUGGUCUAUGAUUUUUUUAUAGCAAUAUGCCCACAGGUGGAAACUGUCUCUACACCCAAUCCUACAGUUCUACAAACCAAUGAGGAUGGAUUUUAUCUUCUUUGAAAGCAUCACAUCAGCUCAUUGUCUCUAUACAUGGCAAAGGUGAUAAGGAUGGCAUCUGAGUACCCAAGUUUAUUUGAUAAAGCUCCUUAUUCAGAUGCUCAUAAUGGUCUUUUAUUUGGAAAGAACUGAGUUUAUGUUCGUUGCUAAAUCUCAAACAGGAGACUUUGAAAAUGUCAAAAUUAAAAAUCCUCCUCUAGGAUGCAUUCCUUUGCACACCGUUUUUCAAACUUUUAAGAUGUUUACAUUGUUCUCAUUAAACCUAAGCGUAUUGAUGUGCAGCACAUGUUUAUAAUACAGGGCCAUAUGAGAAGGGUCUUUCAAACAUACAACAUGUGUCAAAGGACUGUAGGAAUUUCAGGACAAAUACCAUUAUUCAUAUGUCUGGUUAUACAAUAAAUGGACAGAUGCCCUUUCCCCCAGCACUGAUUAUGGUAAAAUUAACAUGUAAUAAACAUUUUAGUUUUACUUUUUUUUAAUGUCCUUCUUUUAAUCAAACUGAAAAUAUCUAAAUAAAAUUUAACACUAGAUUUAAUUAACAGCAACCUUGAAUUUAGGAAAUUCACUGUCUCUGUGUCAACUUGAUCAUAGUCAAUGUCCCUCACGAUCUGGUACUUGGACCUGUACCAUGAACACACGUGUGUAUUGAUUUACUAGUUUGGGCCCAAAUAACUUGUGAGCACAAGUCCUAUUAAAAUAAAAACCUCAAAGGGCUUAUGUUUUUAAAUCACUUGGGCACUUUGGAAAAUCCCACCCUUAAAUUUUCACAACUCAAAUUGACAGUCUGGUUUGGAUUAACUCAGGUUUACACGUGAUGGUAGAAGAGAAAAAAACAACCAGAAAGACGCUAUCUCCAAGAUAUCCUGAGGACCUGAGCUAGCUAAGGGUUUUGGCUUGAGAGGUGUGAUCCCUUCAUUAGAAUCUCAGCAUCUCUCAAGAUCAGGCAACUAUUUGUGUAAACUAACUGAACCAUAAAUCAGCCUCCAAGGGACUCCUCUUGUGAUUGCAAGUCUCUAAAUGAAGUUUGUGGUUACAGGCUCCCUUGUCUGGUUCACACCCUGUAACCUGCAUGUUUGUCCUGCUUGGAAAUCAGUAACUGAAGCUUGUAAUAAAGCUGUGACCAUAAUUAAAAUAGGAGCAGGAGGAGCUCUUGCUGCACCAUUUUAGGAGGAGGAAGAGCUGUGGGAGAAUACUGAGUUCCCAAGCCAGGUUGAGGAAGGGGACCUAUGUCCUUCUUGUGUUAACCUCAGUGUGUGACACACACAAGUGCCAAUAAGUAUUGGUCUAGAUUUCCUGACCUGUGUCACAUGACACCACAUGAUGGGAUCAGUACACACAGCUUCCACAUACACAACAAAAACUAUCUGGUAGAGGAUUUUAAUGUAGUACAUUGGUUAUGAUGUGAAAUAUGGAAUUAACCUGAAUUGCUCCUAUUAACACUUCUUAAAUGAAAUGUAGAUAACUGACUACAUUCAUUUAGGAAUGAAAAGUAAAUACCCUAAACUCACAACAUGGAUAUUUUGGGAAUAUGUUGGCAGCCUGGUUUGGUUUACUAUAAAUUAGGCAGAAAUGGAUACAGUUAAGAUUAAAUGAACAGCCAAACCGGUUAGAAUGCACACUUGUCCUUCUGUGUAACUUCUAGAGCACAUGCUGAGCCCCAGUGCAGUUGUGCAAAUGUUUACUAGCUGCAGCAUCUUGCUCAAAUUCACAGUCUCUCAUUUUACCUGUUUUUUUUCCUCAUCACAAAUCCAAAAAUGUGUGCUUGGAGACACUUACAGGUCCCGAAAGCAUUUCUCUGAUCUGUCAACUAAGCAACUACAACAAUCUUUCCUCCAGACUUUUAGCAGUUGAUGUCUCAUUAUCCACUAGAACUAUAAAUUUAAUCAUUUAAAAGCUGGAAUUCAACAUUUUCCAAUGCUGUGAAGCAUUAGUUUAUAACAAUUGUAUGGAGCAAGACACUAGUUCUUAACUGUUAGACUUCAUCUUUGGUCUACUAAUGCUUUUUUGGUAUUGGUCCAGUAUUGGAUCUCUUAGUUUCAAGUGUUCCAUCGUUAUUUAACAGUGUCCUAAAACCUAUUCUCACUUUACCAAACCUGCAGAAUUGAUUCUUGUUGAGAAAUUGAGGGAGUUUUUGAAAUCCUAUAAUCUGUCUGUGCUGGAGAGUGGCAUCUAGAUUUUCUUCUGCACAACCCAAGCUAGUGCAUCUGGGCCAUGUGGAAGGAGAUCUGAUUCUUGCUAUGAGGAAACUUCAAUGGAUCUGGCAGAUCAAAUUGAGCAGAAUCAGGGCAGCCUCUCUGGGGCCAAAGUAGCACUGACAAAGCAAGAGCGAACAAAUCAUCUUGCCUGAGUGAGCUUCAUCCAGUAUGGGAGGCCCUGAAUGCAUAAGAUGCAACCACUGAGCAGAUGGGUUUAUGACUCUCAUGGUUCAUGAAGGCCAAUGACAAAUGCCAGGAUUCUUUAGUGAUGGAGAUUCUUAGUGCUGUGGAGUGCGGGCAACCCUUAAAAGCACCACAACAUUGCAUGGCUAUGGUCCCAAUGAUUUUCAUGAAACAUGUACUCUGUUCACUAGGUUUGCCACCUCCAAGAUGCAGGAAAAAAUGGCCACUGGCCAAGCCCUCCAUCCCAAUCCUCAGGUGAGACUCCUUACCAUCCCCUCCCAGGAGCCUCUGCCUCCCACCUUGCUCCUUACUCCUCUCUGCUGGUAACCCUGGAGUUUGUUCUACUGCCUCGUUGCUGAGGUUUUGGUAGGUUGACAGCCCAGAAUCAUGUGCUGGCUGCACUCCCAGCCACAUGAUUUGUGCUGUAGUUAGAAGAUUGAUGCAUGGCGCUGCAUGCACACAGCUUACAGGAGAAAAAUCCCAAGUGAAAAAACAAACCCUGGCACAUUAAAUCUUUCCACUGGCAAGGCAGUACAAAAACUGGCCAGGCUGAUUAAAAAAAAGCCAUGUGGCAACCCUACUCUGAGCAAAAGCUGUGUCCUCCCAGGUGCAAGCCCUGAAACCUCAGCCUGGGCUUGGAGAGUGAAGUUAGGCUCACUCCCAUUUCGCACAUCAGUAAAUGAAAGUCCUGCAACCCUUCAGGGACAACUGUGCCAUUACAGAGGCUGCACAAGAGUAACUGACUGGCAUUUAGUGACUAAUGCAACUGGUGAUGGACAAACAGGAACAGAAUCCAGCGCACUCUGUCCCUCAGCUUUCUUGGCUCUUCAGGGCUAAGAGGAGUGUAAAACAAUGAAAACUUAUUUUGGCCACUCAUGCAGGCAGAUGGGUCUCGGAAUACACCCAGGAAAGAGAUCUGUUGAGUAAGAAGGUACCAUUUUUACACAGUCACUUUUCAGAGUAGAACAGCCCAUUACUCAUGCUGUGAGCUAGCCCUUGCUCUAAACAAACUAUUGCUGGCCAUUGCUUAGUCUAACCUACCAUUUCUGGAGAUGCUGACAGAAAAUCUGAUCCUACAGUUCCUUUGAUUAAACAGGCCUCAAUCUUGCAAAUAUGUCAUCUACAUGCUUAACUUUA